UGUGUGUGUCGGCAGGGGGCGGCAUGGUAGAUAAGGAUAAGUCAAGUGUUGUUGAGGUAACCUGGUGUGAGGUGUCACAGUCGUGUGUCAGCACCUGCCCAUCAACCCCUCUAACUCCACCUUCAGAGGGUGACUGAAGGAUGACUGUUGGGAAGGCACUGAGACUAUCGUCACUGGCUGCCAUAUUGCCCAUUCUGGUGGCUGUGGCAGCCCUGGCAGGGGAGGAGGGCGUGCGGGUGCUUGUGGCAAGCCUGUCAGCAGGAGCAGGGGUGGCAGACGAAGCAGGGCAGGGUGGCAGAGAUGGAGACACACAGUACUGCGACCCACUACCAGAUCACCCGGAUCCUCCGCCCCAGCCCACGGUGGCCAGCCGGUACACUGCCAAGGUGGAGCUCACCAGAGCAGUACUGGGGCAACCUUACACCAGCAUGCAUCAUCUUGUGGUGUAUAUGGAAUAUGUGUACGACGGGCCGGGCAACAGGAUCUCCAUAGUGCUACCGGCAAAGCACCUCACCACCAGGUACAUCCUCAGAUGGGACACCAAGCAGAUGGUCGAGGUCCACAAACCCAAAGCUGGAGGGACCAACAACGAGUGCAUCCUGCGGCCGCUGGAGGAGGCGACUUAUCUCUUUCCAGUCCUCAUGGGGUCCGGCUUGAACCUCUCCACCGACCACAUCAUGGACCCAGCGGUGCCCCUGGGUAUCCUCUCCUGGCCCGACGCUCACUACAAGGGCACCGAUCGCUUCCGGGAGAUGGAUACCUUCCGGUGGGACUGGUGCGGCCUGAAGCAGUUCGAGGCCGAUGCUGGCACCCCGAAUGUCUCCAUGGCCACCUACUGGAGCGCUUCCAACUGGCAUGUAGGAGGCUCUGGGGGAGUGGCCGUGCCUCUGGGGUGGGAGGUGGAGGUGCUGCAGGCCCAGGCUGACGGAGGCACCACCUCCACUAAGCAGCUGGUGCACAACAUCAUGUACUUCAGGUCUGGAGACCUCGACUACUCCACCUUCACCAUCCCACAAGACGUGUACUGUUCAACACUCAUCCCUGAGCCGGGUCACCCCUUCCCAGAUUUCUCCGAGGAUAUCCUUUUUACCUUCAGUUUAGAGAUGCAUCAGACUACUGUCCAUGACUUCUCCUGGGCAGAUGCCUGGUAUGACUUCCAGAAGCAGCUAUACAGAAUUGACCACGACGUUGUCACCAGAGCCAAGGAGAUCGUUCCCACCACAGAGGUCUUCGACUUCAAUGACGGAAUUGAGUUCUCGUUCGCGACGGGGAGCAUGUCGAGCGGGUGUGUGGUGAGUAUCAUUAACGACUCCCGCACCGACUGGUCCGACAUCACCGGCAUCUCGCUCCUCUGGGCUGACAACCCCAAUGCCUUCUUCGGCAGUGACAUCACCCACUACACCUACUACGGUCCUGGGGCGACGAGGUAUGUGGAGGGGCAGGAGUGGCGCGCCCUACGGACCGACUGGCCUGUAGACGCUACAGGAGGAGACACCACCACCCUCUGGCAGUGGACCUUCGCUAACAAGAACGUGACCACGGUGACAGACAUGGGAGACCACCUCCUCGAGGAGCGUCAGGUGCCCAUCGGUCUUCGUGUGACGGCCAUACAUGACAUAGAGACAGUAGAUGGCGUGAUCCCAGCGGGGUCAGCCUUCGUCUACCAACUGUACAACUUCGACCUAGAGUCUGGCGCGCGCUCCGACGACGCUGAGACCGACGGAGGAGACUUCGACACCUAUGACUGCUACUCCGCCAACUGGAGGGACCACCUCAUGUUCAAGCUUGACGUUUCAUCGUGGCCGGAGGUGGUGUGGACGCCGCUGCUGACGUCCUCCCUGACCAACGAGCACUGGCAGACGCAGCUAGCUCACUACGGCCGCGUCUCCGUCAUCAGGAUCACCAGAGUCAAGACCAUCAGUGAGGCGAGCGGGGAAGUGUGGGUGGAGUUCGUCCUGCUCUACCGCCACCCGAAGAUCAGCGAGCUCGACCCUCAGCUCUACACCCACAUGACUCCAGGAAGGGAGGCCAAAACCUACAUCAGCGCCGCCGUCAACAACGGCAGCAUCAACCUCGAGGGACACAAGCCCGACGGUCAGACCUUCCUCCUGGUGGCAGUACAUGGUUCACUCGCCCCGGUAAUUGAACCGGACUGCACCUCAACUACCACACCAUCAACCACCACCAUCACGAAUCCUGGUCACUCAACUACCACCAUCGCGACUCCUGGUCACUCAACCACCACUACAUCAGGCCAUAGCACUACAACGGCUACUACUUACACUGACCGCGUCUCCACCUCCACAGCCACCAUGAACCCGGUUAACACAGGCGACCUGUACACGUCCGGUGAUCUUGCGGGGAUUGGCGUGGGGCUGCUGGUUUCUGGACUGGCGCUGGGUGCUGGCGGGACCUUCCUGGUGGUGGUGAAGAAGGUACACCACACAGUCUUAGGCUGGUGCACCAAGAUCUAGCCUCGCCACUUAGCAUAACAAGACCACUUUCUAAGACCUUGCAGAAACUCACUAACCUAACCUCUGUAUAUAUGUUAGUUGUGAUAAAGCCCGUAUCACCGGUAGAAACAUCGUCUUUAGUGUAGUUUACUCUCAACCUGACCUUAAUUAUCACGUUGUCACAUGAGGCUGCGUAACCUGGACAAACAACACACUGACGCGGGUGUGGCUGCGUAUCCUGGACAAACAGAAUGGACGCGUUUUCUUUUGCAGCCUAAUGUUAGCGGUGACCGCCAAAGACUGCACAUUAUACGGGGUUACUGUUCUCAGUUCAGCGACAAUCUUGCUGUCAAUGUUAAGUUAAAUAACGAUGCUAAUGUCAUAGAUGUUGACCGGCAAACAGUAUUCCUUGUGAUCAAUAACGGUUCAAUAUCCAACCUAAUAUCAAUGUUAACGAUUAUUAUUAUUUUUUUAAAUUAUUACUGUAUUAUUAAGUUAACUAUUACGCAAGUGCCUUUACUAAGUUAAAUAGUGCUCACUAAAAAUUACGUCAUUAGCUGAGUGUUACUGUUAACAGUUAAUAUUCAACCUGAGUAUCUUUGUUAAUAUUGUACUUAACAAAAUUCUUCGUUGUACUAGUUGCAAUUGACUGACUGGAGCGUAAUGGAUGCUGGUAAGAGUGGGAUGGCUGUGCUCUAUAUUGAUAAGAAUGAAUAUACCAUGAUCUGCCCAACUGUAUAUUGAUAAGAAUGAAUAUACCAUGAUCUGCCCAACUGUAUAUUGAUAAGAAUGAAUAUAUCAUGAUCUGCCCAACUGUAUAUUGAUAAGUUUGAAUAUAUCAUGAUCUGACCAACUGUAUAUUGAUAAGAAUGAAUAUACCAUGAUCUGCCCAACUGUAUAUUGACAAGAAUGAAUAUAUCAUAAUCUGACCAACUGUAUAUUGAUAAGAAUGAAUAUAUCAUGAUCUGCCCAACUGUAUAUUGAUAAGAUUGAAUAUAUCAUGAUCUGCCCAACUGUAUAUUGAUAAGAUUGAAUAUAUCAUGAUCUGACCAACUGUAUAUUGAUAAGAAUGAAUAUACAUGGUCUGACCAACUGUAUAUUGAUAAGAUUGAACAUAUCAUGAUCUGCCCAACUGUAUAUUGAUAAGAUUGAAUAUAUCAUGAUCUGACCAACUGCAUAAUGAUAAGAAUGAAUAUAUCAUGAUCUGACCAACUGUCUAUUGAUAAGAAUGAAUAUAUCAUCAUCUGCCCAACUGUAUAUUGAUAAGAUUGAAUAUAACAUGAUCUAACCAACUUUAUAUUGAUAAGAAUGAAUAUACUAUGUAUAUUGAUGCCUGAAUAUACCGUCUAAAAUCA